GUAGCUUUGCGCGGCAUUUUCGUUUGUGUUUGUUUUCUUAUAAAAGUGGAAGUUGAUUUUCGACUCUAAAUUGAGCACUUUAUUGCAUCAGAUGUGAUCCCAAAAGGAACGGUGCUGUUGGUAUUGUGUAUAAUAUGGAGUGUGUUAGCAACCCAAGAAUCCUUCCUCCAAAGCCAUCGGCAUUCUUUACUAAUGGGAAUAGGACACAGGGGCCAAAUCACUCUCCGAAAUCACAAUGGAGCCAAAAUCCUGUAACAGUCGAGCCCUUCAAGUUUCCUCCCACUACCCACAUUCUAUGGGACAGGAGACCACAGGGUGACCAUGAGCUCUUGCAUCUUUAUUCUAGGAGAAACAUGAGGGUGAUGGUCAAUGAGCAGACUCUGCGGCUUGCCGUGCGACACCUAAAUCAAUCAGCAUCCCCCUUCAAUUCCUUCCUGAUAGGCUCAUUAUCUGUAGACUCACGAGAAGAAGGCCUGGCUCUACAUAUUGACAGGUUUGAUCCUGGAAGAGAAAUAGCAGAGCGGGAUGGGAGUGCAAAAGGAGCAAAAUACAAAGUACCAACAACUAUUGUACCUGGUGAUCAAGUAAUUCCAAUUAGGUUUAUUAAAGGACUGAUUGGAGCUGAAAACUCUGUCACACAUUCAAAAGAGGAAUUUGAUCGGGCUUUGAUGGUCCUACAUAGCAGGAUUACUGGAGAAGAUGCUCUGACUCUAACAAACUUCAUCAGCUUUAAGGCCUGUUGUCAUGCUCACAGUGGCGAUGAUGAAGUCAUACUCAACUUGCACUUUGGAGCAGUUACCAUGGAAACUGGUAUCCUAGCCAUUCCUGUUACCCCAGUCCCCAUUAUACCAACAGCUUUAGCCAGGAACCUGGCAGGACCACUGCGCUUGAGUGAAGUCCAUGGAGUCCCUAAGUGUGGGUUUCUUACCAUGGAUAAUACCAGGAAGCUAUUGCUCCUCUUGGAGUCAGAUCCCAAGGCUUUUUCCCUCCCUCUUAUAGGAGUCUGGGUAAGUGGCUCUUUCACAGUUCAUCAUCCAUUUGUGUGGGCAUGCUGUAUCAAGUUCCUGAAUUGCAAAUCCAUCAAAGAAAGGGUGGUUGCCGCUCCUAACACAUUCCUUCUUGUGCAUUACUCGCCUGCUAAUGCAGCUCCCAUCUUCUGGGAAUGUGCCCCACAGGAACAGUCUAGCACUGGUCCCUUUGAACUCUACAGCUGUUAUGAAAAUCUACAUUUUGAAGUGCCUUUCAGUGACAAGUUUUCAGAACCCUUGCGUUUUGACCUACUACCCUGUGGUGACAACACUAACAGAAACCUGUUUGAUCAAGCCGUCAUAAGCUGGAACAACAAGAGACAGAGCUCAAACUGUGAGACCCAGCAACCAGUUACCCAUGAAACAUCAAAUUCAUACCUACAAGAUGGCAGCCUGAUACCUCGUCCCUCACCUUCGCCACACCCACAGGCAAGACAGAAUCCAUUAUUUGUGCCGGAAGUACCCGAAGUGUCAUUAUCUCUAAGCUUUGAAGAUACAAAUACAAGGAAGCUCCAAGAAAAUGCAAAUGUGAAAGAAUUAGAGAUUCCAGUUGUCUGUUUUCCUGAGUUGAAAAAACAAACCAGGCAAUCCAGGAACUCCUUCCCUAACAAAGAAAAUGUUUUCUCAGAACCUAGGAACUUUGGAAAGCAGGUUAUUUCCAAUGCUAGAAAUUCCCCAAAUAGGGAGCCCCUAAAGCAGAUUACAAGAGACAAUCAAUCUCAGAACACCCCUGUGUUGCCAAGCAAGAGAGGGAAAAACAUAAACCCGCACUCUAGGGGCACAGGUAGACCUGCAAGAGGGAGAGGGAGAGUCUCGGACAGGUCCAGCUCUACACCUGUUAUUCAUAGGCCAAAGACGCAAGGCAACCUCCAGUCCACACAGUCAAAUGGGACAGAGCAGGGGGAGGCACCAGUUAAUUGCUGUCAAGAUUAUCAAUUUGAAGACAACUAUGCUGCUGCUCCAUAUAAGCCAUGCGCUAGCUCACCAACUCAAUCAAAGGCAUCAGAUGACCCAUCCCUUCCAAAAAAGGGGACACCAGAUGACCUAUCCCUACCAAAUAAGAGGGCAUCAGAUGACCUAUCCCUACCAAAUAAGAGGGCAUCAGAUGACCUAUCCCUACCAAAUAAGAGGGCAUCAGAUGAUCACCCAUCCCUACAAAAUAACGCCGACCCUGCCCGGUGUGACUCUCAGAUCCAAAGAGGAGAAAAGCUCCAGGAUUUCCAUUCUCAGCCAAUCCCAGUCACUAAGGGGAGCAGAAACACAGAAACUAAGGUAUCACCAAGCAGGUUCCAGGAUUCAGGAGUUGGAGAUUUAACAAUUGACUGGACAAGGAAUGAUGGCUCGCCAGGAAGUCUUGCUGUGAUGAGUGGCGUUUUGCCAGGAAGCGAUGCUGUGAUGAGUGGUGGUUUGCCAGGAAGCGAUGCUGUGAUUGACGGUUUGCCAGGAAGCGGUGCUGUGAUGAGUGGUGGUUUGCCAGGAAGCGAUGCUGUGAUGAGUGGUGGUUUGCCAGGAAGCGAUGCUGUGAUUGGUGGUUUGCCAGGAAGCGAUGCUGUGAUUGGCGGUUUGCCAGGAAGCGGUGCUGUGACAAGUAUUCACAGUGAGGCGUCUCUUCAAUACCUUGACCCAUAUACCAUGCUCAAGCAACAGGAACAACUAAAAGAGCAAAUAAAAGAGCUUCAAGAGCAGAUCAAACUUCUUCAAUUCCAACAGCAGAACCUCUCAACUGCUAGCGUGCCAACUGAAACGCCACCCCUACCAGCCAGCUGCCCAUCAACAGUCCCAGCAGUCACCAGGGUGACCAUGUGCACAAAUACUGGUGCCAGCCUGAUGCUCAGCUCUCCCAUCCGCGUAAAUGGAAAAAAGUCAGCUGCUACAUCACCUAUUAAAGAACCUGAGAGUGGAACAGAUCACAUGAAGUUGAAUUCAAAUAACACAUCCACUGCUUCUCCCACUUACCCAGAUCAAAGCGGAGAAUCACUAGUGCUUAAUGCUGAGGAUGCGAGGCAGGCUAUGAUCUCUGAAGACCCCAACACAACUUUGGCUUCAUCUGUCCAUGCAGUUGAUUUCCAUAGCUACAUAGGAAGUCCCGAGGCCACUGAGAGGAGGAUGGAUAAGAAUAGCUUCUUGAGCCCAGUCUUAGGUGAAAGUGCAAGUCUAAUAAUGGACGAUGAUAGGACUGGUGAUGAGUCUGGGGGCCCAAAACUACAGCAACAAGCAAUACAGGAUUCGCAUUUUGAAGACUUGCUGCAGAAGAAUGAAAAACUCUUCUAUGACAAUCUUUUGGCAAAUGCAAGGGAAUUUCUUUGCAAGCAAGUAGAAGGUGAAAAUGAAUCAUCACACAAGUCGCAGACUGAUAAGUCAUCCAGCAGAGAGCAAGUUGUGUCUUCUGUCCUUGAAUCCAAAAAGCAAGAAAAGUUUGAGGAACAAGAACCUAGAGAGCAAACAAGGGUACAUGAGCCCACUACAGAGGAGGUGAUACAAGCCACGAUGAAAGAGCUGGAAAAAAUCAGAUGUGGUAACAGCAGCAAAGAACAUAGGACACAAACAAAUGGUCGUGACGAAACAUUUUCAAGAUCUGCUUCAAUGAAUGCUAUCCCAAAUCAUCCAUGCAUUAAUUAUGUCUCUCUUGCGCUGGAUGAAACCAUGGAUGAAGUCAGCGAUGCAGAUGCCAUUGCCUUGAAGUAUCUUACAAGCGAACAACUACAGGAUUUGCAUCAAGCUUCACACAAACAGGGAAAGACAGUUGCUGGACAUCAUGGAUAUGGAAGCCAACAUAACUUGUUCAGGUCGAGCCCUGUUGAUUUCACCAUAACCAAUUUAUCUAUGGCAACACAACAUUACCUGGAAAAGUACAACUUGGUGGCUAGAAAAUUGAGUGAGGAAAGGAGAGAACAAUCACAUGCAAUAGACAGUGGUUCAAAACCUGCUCACAGGAAAUGCAGUGUUGAUAGUACUAGUAAGACUUCACAGCUUUUGCAAUGUCUUACCCCACCGCCUAGUCCUGAUCCACAGCAGUUUAAAAGCGCACCACCAAAAGUGCUGGACAUCGACAGACUUCGCAAGCUUCCUAAACUGUUUUAGUGGGCAUUAUAUACUCAUGUUCUCGAUCAAAACUGUGAAUGGUCAUAGGUAAAAUUUGUAGAAAAUUUCAUUUAAUAUAUAUAUAUAUAUAAUUCCCAUUUGAAAUGUUCCACUCAGAGAAUCCAUGUAUUGAUGUAUUGUAACUCAUAGUGGGUUUGAUAUGAACAAGCAAAAUGAGAUUCUCAUUGAAGCAGUCAUCGUUAAGACAAUAUAUAAUAAAAUGAUUGCUAUUCUGCAAA